AUGUGGUCGGUGGAGUACGACUUGGGUUUGGAAGAAAGUUUGACUAGAGAUGAGUUGUCAGUACUUCAUCAGUUUUAUGAAAGAAUGCUCAGUUGUCCACUUGAUAUAUGCCGAUCGAAACGUUAUCUUGUCCGUUGGCUGCGCGCUCGCAGUUGGGAUGUUGAUGAAGCAGAAAAAAUGCUGUAUUCUCAUAUAAAAUGGAGAGAUGUUCAGAAGGUUGAUACAUUACUUGAUUGCUAUGAAAUCCCAGACGUUAUACAGAAAUACUUUCCCGGUGGAUUUUGUGGUGAAGAUAAAGAAGGCUGUCCAUUGUUCUGUGCUCCUGUUGGCCGAUUCGAUCCAGGUGGUUUUAUGAAAGCCACUACACACGCAGAGUUUAUUCAAAGUAGAAUUUAUUUUAUGGAAUAUAUCAUACAAAGAGUUUUUUAUGAAAAAUCAAAAGAACAUAAUCGAUGUAUUGACCAGCUGACACUUAUAUUAGACAUGAAACAUUUAAGUUUGAAACAUAUGCAUCCAUCUUGGAUCCCUGUAUUUUCGGAAAUGAUGACAAUAAUGGAAGCAAAUUAUCCUGAGUUUUUACGCAUUUGUUAUGUGAUUAAUGCUCCACCAAUAUUUGGAACUAUAUUCAACUUCAUUAAACCUCUGUUAAGUAAACUUACACAAGAAAAAAUUCAUGUAUUAAAAUCGGACUAUCGUGCUACUUUACUCCAAGUAAUUGACUCAAGUAAAUUACCAGCCUGUUACGGUGGGAAAAUAACUGAUCCUAAUGGUGAUCCUCAAUGUCCAUCAAAAAUUUCAUGGGCUGGCCCCGUCCCUGCCUCUCUUUUUCGUAAAAAGCUAUCAGAUGAUAAGCCGUCUGUGCCCAAACAGUCCGAAGCAUCUGAAGAAGUGAAACGUUUUACAGAUUGCGGUCGGGAUUUGACUAUGGUUGAAGUUGGUCCAGCUUCACGUAAAGAUAUUUCUAUUGGAAUGGUCGAUGUAGGUGAUGAGAUUAAAUGGUGGCUUUCAUGUGAAACGCAUGACAUUGCAGUUGGUGUGUUCAUGAAAAAUUGUAUUACAAAUGAUGGAAAAGUUACAAGUGAUUCAAGUAAAAGUCCAGAUACCUAUAUCGAAAUGAUCCCAAUGAAACGUGUAUCAUCACAUGAAAAAAUUGUUCAAGGAACUCUCAGUGUUGAAAACUCGGGUGUAUACAUCCUUGUCUUAGAUAAUACUUACAGUUGGACAAAAUCAAAACGCUUAUGGUAUCACUUAAGUGUCACUGACAGAGUAGAGGAUAAUAAAAACAGUUGUACAAUGUCAAUGCCUUCACCAAUAGAAUCUUUGAAUUCUAAUUAUAAACAACUCACUGAUACACCUGUUAAUGAUAUAACCGUGAUACCAAUUCCAGAAGAGAAUUAUUAUGCUUGUCGUAUGGAGACUGGUGGAAGUAUGGAUUUAAAUGUUAGUAUUUUAUUCCGCUUUCUUGUACAAAUACUUAUUCUACCAAAAAUUAAACAACGUCCCAAUUAA